AUACAUUAUUAUAUAGAAUUCUGUUGUUUCCAAGAGAACGAAAUUUGAAGAAAAUGAUGUAUAUAAAUCGUAACAAAGUUUCGCAAUUGUCAUCUCGUCAAUUCGAUUACGUUACACUUCUACAUGACUUGUCAACUGAUAAACUAGACGAUACAAUUGUUACUCGCGUCACAUGAUUUCGUGAAAGUACAUGAAUUACAAUCGUCUCGAGUUCUUAACACACGUUACAAAGAUCAGUAACGUGUGGUCGCAUACUGGGAUUAAUUAAUAACAUCGUUACAAUUCAAGGACUUUAUAUAUAUAUAUAUAUAUUUUGGAGAGACAAAGUAGGUUUUGACACAGAAGAGUUACUAUUGGAUCGAAAGGAGUGUGACGUUGCUAAACUUAGUACCAAGCUUAUUUAUAUAACCGAGAGGUGUCUAUUGUAUUCGGCAGUGAUUUGUCACACAAGUGUUGUAUGUUGUGAGUGUGUGUGAUGGGAUAUUAACUCUUUAAGAAUGGACAAGGAGCAGAGCAGUGUGAGCGAAACGAUAGAAUGUAAGAGGACAGUAAAAACUACUUUUGUCACUACCAGCUCUACUAAAACUUCUAAAGCUAACAUUAGAUUAAGGAGAGGUCAAACUUUACCCUUGACGCCUUUGAGAUUAAAGCUUUAUAAGAGUUUCGACGUGGACGAUGGCUCGACUCAAAAUCGCCACCUCCUGGAUGCUUCGAGUCCUUCUUCAGGACUGGUCCUUCAGACUUUCCCACAGAGAAGAGAAUCCUUCCUGUACAGGUCGGACAGCGAAUACGAAAUGUCACCAAAAUCCGCUUCACGUCAUUCCUCCUUAGGAAGCGACACACACAGCGAAGAUUUGAUCGUCACACCUUUCGCCCAGAUUUUAGCAAGUUUAAAAAAUGUACGAAACAACUAUAUCUGUAUUACCAACGUAUCACCCAUUAAAAACAAGAAAAUCACUAUCAGUCCUAGCAACAGUAGUCCCGCAAGACCAAUUUCUGAAGAGCCACAGUCUAAACUGGCUCAAGAAACCUUGGACGAAUUGGAUUGGUGUUUAGAGCAGUUGGAAACUAUUCAGGCACAUAGGUCGGUGGGAGACAUGGCAUUCAGCAAGUUCAAAAGAAUGCUUAACAAGGAACUCAGCCAUUUUUCUGACACCAAGACGGGAAGUCAAAUUUCUGAUUACAUCUAUACAUUUCUCGAUAAGAAACAGGAAGUCGACUUAUCCAGUUUACGAGAAGAGGAAACAUAUCAGGUGGUUCCCAGUCGAGCAAGACAUCGAGGUGGACAGUCCAUGUCACAGAUAACUGGCAUCAAGAAAACGUUAUGUCACACAAACAGCCUCAGCAUAUUGCCUAAAUACGGUGUUGAAACAUGCUACGAAGAAGAAUUAGGAAGGUAUCUUAAAGAUUUAGAUAGGUGGGGAAUAGAUAUCUUCAAAAUUUCUGAAUACUCUAAUGGGCAUCCAUUAACUGCGAUGACCUACGCGAUAUUUCGAGAGAGGGAUUUAUUGAAGACAUUUAAGAUACCGUCCAAAACUUUGAUCACCUUCCUUCUGACGUUAGAGGAUCAUUAUUUAAAAGUACCCUAUCAUAACAGCACCCACGCUGCGGACGUCACGCAAUCGGUGCAUGUAUUAUUACUAGCUUCUGCUUUUGAUACAGUGUUUGGUGACUUGGAGAUUUUAUCAACUUUAUUCGCUGCAGCCAUUCACGAUGCUGAUCAUCCGGGUGUGACUAAUCAAUACUUAAUUAAUUCUAGUUCUGAAUUGGCAUUGAUGUACAACGACGAAUCUGUUCUAGAGAAUCAUUCGUUGGCUGUUGCGUUUAAAUUACUUCAAGAUGAAAACUGCAACAUUUUUGUCAAUCUUAAUAAAAAGCAAAGACAAUCACUUAGGAAGAUGACUAUCGACAUGGUUUUGGCUACUGAUAUGUCCAAACACAUGAAUUUAUUAGCUGAUCUCAAAACAAUGGUGGAAACCAAGAAAAUUUCUGGAUCUGGAGUAUUACAUCUAGAUAAUUAUACAGAAAGAAUUCAGGUGCUACAGAAUAUGGUACAUUGCGCUGAUCUCAGUAAUCCAACAAAACCUUUAGAUUUGUAUAAAAAUUGGGUGAAUUUAAUUAUGGAGGAAUUUUUUCAACAAGGUGAUAAAGAAAGAGACUGUGGAAUGGAUAUAAGUCCGAUGUGUGAUCGUCAUAAUAUUAGCAUUGAAAAAUCUCAGGUAGGGUUUAUUGAUUAUAUAGUCCAUCCCCUUUGGGAGACUUGGGGAGAUUUAGUACAUCCAGAUGCUCAGGAGAUUUUAGAUACGUUGGAAGAAAAUCGUGAUUGGUACCAGAACAUGAUACCAAUCAGCCCUUCGUCUAGCGCUCACGAAAUAUCCGAAUCUAUGAGAGAAAGAGAAAUGCCCAGUUACGGUUCGCGCUUGAAUGCAGCGGCUGACAGGAUUAAAUUUCAAGUGACAAUCGAAGAACCAGAAGAGGAGGAGGAAGAAGACGACUUUCAGUCAGAAGAAAUCUGAAGAAAUUGAUUAAAACUCGGUGCGAUGAAAGUUCGAAACAACUUUGGCACCUUUCGAAAAGUUUGUGGAUACAGGGAUCAAUACGGCUGGGAUUGACACCAACCUGUGUCUGAGGUGCUGAGCUGUCCACUACGAGCCGAGCUGAUGAUGGACAAAGGGAAUAUACGAUUUCCUUCUUAUCUUUCCGAGGCGAUCUUAUUUAAGCUACAAAGAUUCUACAUCUCCUGCUAUAUUCCUUUUUCAUCUUAAUUCCUGUGUUGGAGCUUUGAUCAGAACUUUGAUCACAUCGUUGCCAUAUUGACAUUGGUGCUAUGCCUUGUUGUCCACUUACUGUCCAACCACUGCCUUGUUGUUUCAGUAUCUUCUCUUGUUAAUCACAAUCUGGUUCACUAAACGAAUACGACGAAAGAAACAUCUUUAAUAUAAACAAGGCACGAAGAUGGUUCCUAAUCGGUUUGGUCGAAAAAUAACUCGAGAAAUAUAAACUAUAGCAAUUAGUGCCAAUCGAAGGAGCGAUUUUAUUCCCAUCAGACCGUUGAAAAAAUGGGAGAAAAUAAGAAAUUAUGGAUAUGUGGAAGGGUAUGAACCAGUUCCCGAAGUGCAAUCCUUAACGCUUAAAUGUGUAUUUAUUAAAUGUGGACAUAAUAAGUAGGGCCUACAAUACUUACACUAAUAGGAUGCUGCUAUAAUGUGCGUUACCUAUUUGUAUAACGUUUCCUAAAUUCAGGAGAAACGAUAUCGCUGUUUAUUGCAGCGUGUACAUAUCCCCGAUUGCCAUGUGUCCCCCCCUGUAUAAAGUGUUUAUUAUUACGUUGUAAUAUAUACAGUAGAAAAAACGGUUUGUUAAUAACUGUCAUUCGUUGUUCUCCAACUGAUGAUGAUGAUGAUGAUCCUUUGCUUGAUGAUCUUGCCCAAAAACCAUAUUUUUUCUUUUCUUUAGCAAUAAUUUAAUUCAGCAUUCUCUCACACAUACAUAUAUAUAUUAUUAUAUAUAUAUAUAUAUAUAUAAAUACACAUAUACCUGUCAAUUGGUCGUGUCUCUAUUCACUUUGCUCUACAAACUGCAAUAAGAAACAGACGAAGGAAUGUUUUCUUCUUUUUUGUUUUUUAUUUUUUAAUCAAAACAUAUGUCUUGCACAAAAUUGACCGAUAUCAGGUCGUCGUGUACAAUAUUUGAGAAAUAUAGAUCUCAAAAUUCA